AUGGCAGAUUCAGAGUCCUCGACUGUUAAUUCUCUUGGCUCACGUUCUGUGGGUGGUGGUGCCAUUUUUCCCACCAACUCAUCAGAAAAUCCAGGACUUCAAAUCACCACAGUGAAGUUGGAUGGUUCCAACUAUUUGAUUUGGGCACAGUCUGCCAAGAUGUUCAUUGGUGGCAAAGGCAAGAUUGGCUAUAUUACUGGUUCUGAGAAAGAGCUAGCUGAGUCAGAGAAGGCAUAUCCACAGUGGUUUGCAGAUAAUGCUAUGGUUAUGUCUUGGCUAGUCAAUUCGAUGCAACCAAACAUAGUUGUUGGUUAUAUGUUUAUGAAGACUGCUAAGCAGAUUUGGGAUUCAGUUCAACGCACUUAUUCUCAGAGGCAGAAUAAUGCACGAAUUUUCCAACUGGGGCGAGAUAUCACCAGGAUUUCUCAGAGUGACUUGACAGUUUCAGGUUACAUCGCCAAGCUUCGUGCUAUUUGGGAGGAGAUGUCAUAUUAUGAUUCCUUCCACUCUUGGAAGGAUCCAGAUGAUGCAGUUUUAUAUGCAGGAAUUGUGGAAAAGAAUCGAGUGUUUCAGUUUCUUGCCGGGUUGAACGACGAGUUUGAGUAUGCUCGUAUUCAUUUAUUGGGCUUAUCUUCAUUCCCUACUCUUAAGGAUGCAUAUUCCCAUGUGUUGUCAGAUGAGAGCCGCCGGACUCAUCCAUUAGGUGUUACUUCUGUUGAUCGUUCUGCUAUGGCAGUUCGGAUUCCCAACCUUUCAGGAACUUCACCAUCCCAGUCAAUUCAGAGCACUACCACCGGUCCUCCUCUGGGACGACAACGUGGACGGUGUGACCAUUGCGGAAAAAUUGGUCACAUCAAAUCUCGUUGUUAUGCUCUACAUGGACGUCCACCGCAACAGAAACAACAGCCUUGA